AAAAAACAAAGCUCGCUCGCUGUUUUUCUUUUCUCCUUCCUGCUAUCUUUGUUGUAUCUCGUCAUAUGUUCACCUGAAUCUGAUUGCAGAGAUCUCAAAAGCCCUAGAUCCUGCUCAUUUGUUUCAUGUAUUUCAUCUGAUUGGGUCGCUUAGCGGUUGGAUCUCGAUGUUCGCGUAACCGUUUCAGCUCGAAUUCUGAAGAUAUUUCUCAAUUAUUUACUCUUUGUCGUUAAAUUUUCGAGAUUAAUUACAGUAAAGCAGGCUUGUCUUCUCUUGCUUCUGUUAUUAGAUUGUUAGGGUUUUCUUUGGCAUUUUAGCUCGUUAGCAUUUUUUUUUCUGUUUCAAUUUGGUCGAUGGCUUCGAAUCCUUCAUUCCAGGUGGAGGAUCACACGGAUGAAGAUUUUUUCGACAAGUUAGUUAAUGACGAAGAUGAUGACAGCAUGGGCCCCACCGUCCCAAAAUUCGCGGGGGGCAAUCACUGUGGCGAUGCUGAAGCCUUUUCCAAUUUAUCAAUCGGAGAAGAGGCUGGCAGCGAAGAGUCUGGCAGUCAUGGUGGAAAGGAAAAUUCUCCUGUGGAUGGAGGUCCUCCGCCGGCAGGUAAUGACACUAGUCAUUCAUUUGGAGUAGAUACUAGUGUGUUUGACUCGAAUAAUCAUCUCCAAGCAGUACAGUCAGAGGUUGUGAUCAGUCAGAGUUUAAAUGAGAAUAUUGGAUCUAAGAAUGCUGGGGUUAAGGAAAUAGGAUGGAAUUCGCUUUUUUCUGAUUCUGAUGAGAAUGGGGUGCAAGGGUUUGGUUCAUAUUCUGAUUUUUUCAGUAAUUUAGGGGAGAAUUCCACAGAAGAUUUCCUUUCUGAGAAGGAUGUAAUUGCGAAAAUGUGUUUAUUCAAUCAGAAUUCAGGUAGUACUAACGAGCAGUAUCAUGGUGGCAACCAUGAUGAAGUUUAUGGAGCUUCUACUGCAGAUAAUGGAAAUGAGCAUGAUUUGUAUAGCAGUCAGUACUGGGAGAAUAUGUAUCCAGGGUGGAAGUAUGAUGCAAAUUCAGGGCAGUGGUAUCACGCAGAUGGUUCAAGUGGUGAUGGGAGUGGGAACACAGAUGUGAAAGCAGGGGCUUCUUAUUUGCAGCAGACAUUUCAAUCUGUUGCAGGGACUAUGACAACUGUAGAGAGCAGUGCCAUUGAGAGUGUGGCAAAUUGGAAUCAGGUUUCCCAAGUGAAUAAUGGGUAUCCAGAACAUAUGAUUUUUGACCCUCAAUACCCUGGUUGGUACUAUGAUUUAAUUGCUCAGCAAUGGUGCUCUCUGGAGAGCUAUAAUGCCGCUGUUCAGUCAACCGUUCAUGGUGAUGGUCAGCAAAAUCAAAAUGGAUUUACUUCUACCGUUCAGAAUUGUCUAACUCAAAUUAACAGUUCUAGCAUGUAUGGUGAACAUGGACAAGGUGAUAAUUAUGGAUCACUAGGUCUCGAAAGCGCUGGUGAACAUCGCACUUGGGGAGAUUCCCAUGGUAAUUAUCAUGGUCCAGGUUUGAAUAUGGGGCAACCUGGGACUUUUCCCGUAACUAAGGGAAUUUCAAGCUUCGCUGGGAACAAGCAAUUAGAUACAUCUCUUGGUUUGAAUAUGCUAUCAAACAACCAUGUAAAUCACUUCAAUUCAUCCUACAAUUCUCUGCAGGAAGUUCAGUCAGUUAAUAAUGCUAACCAGCUUCAUACUGGGGCCAAUGAGGUCAUUGGGUUACAAAGCUUUCUUCCUACAGAAAACUUCAAUCAUCAGUUUACCCAGAUAAAUUUAAAGCAAAAUGAGCAGAUGCAUUUCUCAAAUGAUUUCUAUGGGGGCCAGAAGUCUGUAAAUGCUGCCCAGCAGCCACUUCUGACUAGCCAGCCACUUCCUUAUGCUUCUAACACUGGGCGAUCGUCUGCUGGCCGUCCUCCACAUGCACUUGUUUGUUUUGGAUUUGGUGGAAAACUCAUAGUAAUAAAAGAUAGUAGUCCUCUACGGAACUCGUCAUUUGGUACCCAGGGUUCUGUAGGAGCUUCUAUCUCUUUACUCAAUUUGUUGGAAGUUGUCAAUUCAAACACUAGCAUUUCUGGUGCCACACCUGCAACCUCUGAUUAUUUUAAUACUUUGUGCCAACAAUCCUUCCCUGGUCCAUUGGUUGGUGGAAAUGUAGGCAGUAAAGACUUGAACAAGUGGAUUGAUGACAGGAUUGUUAGAUGUGAAUCACCUAACAUGGACUACGGAAAAAGUGAAACUUUAAGAAUGCUUCUCUCACUGCUUAAAAUUGCUUGUCAGCAUUAUGGGAAGCUUCGAUCUCCUUUCGGAUUUGAUACCUUAUUGAAGGAGACUGAUACUCCAGAAUCAGCAGUUGCUAAACUAUUUGCAUCUGCAAAGAGGAAGGACACACCUUAUGGUGCUCUUAGCCACUGCUUGCAGCAAUUGCCUGCUGAAGGACAAGUUCAGGCAAAAGCCUUUGAGGUACAGAAUCUUCUGGUGUCUGGUAGAAAAAAAGAGGCUUUGCAGCGUGCACAAGAAGGUCAAUUGUGGGGACCUGCAUUAGUUAUUGCGUCGCAACUUGGUGAACAGUUCUACAUUGAUACUGUUAAGAAAAUGGCACUUCAUCAGAUGGUAGCAGGGUCUCCUUUACGGACAUUAUGCCUGCUAAUUGCAGGGCAACCAGCUGAAGUUUUUUCCACAGGUUCCACAUUUGAUGGUAUGGAUUUGUCGCAACAGCAUGCGGAGUUAAGGGCAAAUUGCAUACUUGAUGAUUGGGAAGAGAAUUUGGCUGUAAUAACUGCAAAUAGAACCAAAGAUGAUGAGCUUGUAAUUAUUCAUCUUGGAGAUUGCCUGUGGAAGGAAAGGAGUGAGAUAAUGGCAGCACAUACCUGCUACUUAGUUGCGGAAGCAAACUUUGAGUCAUAUUCGGAUAGUGCUAGACUUUGUCUUAUUGGAGCAGACCACUUGAAGUUUCCUCGAACCUAUGCUAGUCCAGAGGCUAUCCAGAGGACCGAGUUAUACGAGUAUUCAAAGGUGAUGGGGAACUCUCAGUUUGUCUUGCUACCAUUUCAGCCAUACAAACUUAUUUAUGCGCACAUGCUGGCUGAAGUUGGAAAAGUUUCAGAUUCAUUGAAGUACUGUCAAGCUGUAUUAAAAUCAUUGAAAACUAGUCGAGUGCCUGAGGUACAAACUUGGAAACAUUUAGUUUUAUCUCUGGAGGAGAAGAUAAGAUUCCAUCAACAAGGGGGAUAUGCUACAAAUUCGGCUCCAGCAAAAUUAGUUGGUAAAUUGCUGAACUUUUUUGAUAGCACUGCACAUCGAGUUGUGGGGGGUCUACCCACACCUCCUACAUCAGCAUCAAAUGGAAAUUCUCUUGGUAAUGAUCAUUUAAACCAACAAACCGGGCGAAGAGUCUCUGCUAGCCAAUCAACAAUGGUUAUGUCAUCAUUGGCCUCUUCUUCUAUGGAACCUAUUCGUGAUUGGGAGGGCAAGGAGGCUGAUGGCAAAAUGACAAUUCAUAAUAGAAGUGUUUCAGAGCCGGACAUUGGCAGAACUCCAAGACAGGUUGAUUCAUCAAAGGAAGCAGCAGCAUCCACUGAACAAGGCAAAGCAUCAGACUCAGUAGGGGUAUCUCGCUUUUCUCGUUUUAGUUUUGGCUCACAGCUUCUACAGAAAACUGUGGGGUUAGUUUUAGGGCCUCGUGCUGAUAAACAGGCUAAGCUAGGCGAAAAGAACAAAUUCUGCUAUGACGAAAAACUUAAGAGAUGGGUGGAGGAAGGUGUUGAACCUCCAGCUGAAGAAACAGCCUUGCCACCACCUCCAACCACUGCUGCCUUCCAAAAUGGAACAUCUGACUACAAUUUGCACUCUGCGUUGAAGAAUGAGGGUUCUCCCCCUGACGGAAGCCCAAAAUUCAGAAACCCAACCCCAAUAGAACAUGCUUCUGGGAUCCCUCCUAUUCCUACAAGCUCCAAUCAAUUCUCUGCUCGUGGACGGAUGGGUGUUCGAGCAAGGUAUGUGGACACUUUCAACAAAGGUGGUGGCCAAGCAAAUUUAUUUCAGGCACCUGCUGUUUCCUCUGUUAAACCUGCAGCAGCUGCAAAUGCAAAGUUUUUUAUUCCCACACCUGUAUCAACGACAACAAAUGAACAAUCAGUGGAGUCGAUUACUGAAAAUGCACAAGAGAAUGCUACAAGUUAUACUCCUACCACUUCCACUUCCAGUGCCAAUGCUAACGAGUCUUGUCUAUCUCCCAAGCCUUCAUCGUCAAACACUAGGCAAAGUUUCCUGAGCAUGGAUAAUAUAUCUCAGGAAAGCAUGAUGACAAAUGCCAAUGGUUAUUCAUCACACACACAUCAAACGGACUUGUGGAGUGAAAGCAACUUUGAUAAUGCAGUAGGUUAUCCUUGUAAGGCUGAAAUAAGACCUUCAGGGGAGGUGGGAAAGCUUCCGCCGUUGUUUAUGCCUGGUCCAAUGAGUGGUAGUUUUGGGGAUGAGCUACAUGAGGUGGAGCUUUGAGCCAAGAUUUGUCAAGAUGUAAAUAUCAAAAGUUUCGUUCCUGCGUUCCGAAUACAAUAUCCGUCAUAUCUCCGAGCAUACGACAAUGACGGCACACUGAAACACUGGUUAUGGAAACAAAAAUAUCUUCUUUGGCUAUUAACUUCUUAACCCCUUCUCCCCAUUCUGCAUUUGUAUUUUGAUAUUCAGUUGCAUUCUUGGGUUUCAUUUGGUUGUUUUAUUUUGUUUCAGAUUUAUUGCCACCUUUUUUUUUAAUUUAUAGGAAAGAAACGGAAGCAAGAAACAGAUAGCUAAAUGCAAAAGUGUCAAUCAGUCAAACGGAGUCUGAUUUAAUUGUAUUAAUAGGUUUUAUAUGUAUCGCCAGGGCUAAAAGGAACUGGAUAUUUAUAUUCUUUUUUUUUUCUUUGGGUUACUAAAAGGAAUCAAAUGCCCUAAGCAGGCAUCACAUGUACAGCAUUUGUUCAUUGGUUGAAGAAUGGAAAUAUUUGUGUUGAGGUGAAA